AUGUCGAAGUCACCAAAAGAUUCAACGCGAUUCACAGCCACCGGAGUGUGGGCGCACACAAGACCUGGCGGGCGGGCAACAACGCUGCAAUUCGCAGAUCCCGCACCGAAAAAUGAAACGCCACAGCAGAAAGUCAAGCGGUUAAGAGAGGCUGCGAACAGGGCGAAGAUGGCACAGGUCACGAGGUGGGAUUACAUGUAUCUGUACGGCAGAAUGGCGGCGGAUGCGGCGCAUAGAUUUACCGUCUACGGCUUGAUAUUUGCAACGGGUUGCGUUGGUGUCCUCGCAGUAUUCUCAAUAGGUGACAUGAUCGUCUACAAUCGACGGAAACGAGCAAUCUACUUUGCCCAAGAAGAACAAGCCCAGGCCAAGAUCCUCGAACUUGCCCGUUCUGCGGUCGCAUCAGGGACCGCCACACCCGCACAAUCCGCACUCGUCACAGGUAUCGCCGAGGAGCAAGAAGCGUUUGAGAGGAAGAAGGCGGAGCGAAAGGCCCCUUCAAAGCUGCUGUGGUGGCUGCACGGUGACUGGAAGGAGGAGCAGGCAAUCGCAGAGCAGAGGAGACUCGCUGUAGAGGAGAUUAAGCGCCAGGAAGCGCAAGGAAACACAAAUCUGGGCAUUGCUGCUGCAGUGCAAGAGGCCAGGGCACACGACACCACAUCCACAUUCACAGCCUCGACGUCAUCAACACCAGUAGUCGGAGGCCCUCUGGACAACGCAGCAGAGAAGGCAGUACACAAGGUCGAGGAAACCGGCAAGGGAUGGUUUGGAUGGAUGAAGGGCGGGUCCAAGAAGGAGUAG